AUGGCCUGGAUAUACUACAGCCAAUCAAAUGCUUCUUUAAGGACAAGUGAGAGCAAAGUGAUCUGCAAGACACAAAUCCUUCUGAGCCAACAGAACUUACUCCACCUUCAAAAGAUAGUUCUGUGCCUUCUAAAAUUGGUUAGGGCAUCUUCUUUUUCCACAAAUGCUGGGCAUCCAAAAAGUAAAAAAAUCUCAGGACAUUCCAGCCCAACUGGGAAGACAUCAGAGACUAUCUUCAAGUACAAGAAGCAGGUGAAGGUCCAGGAGAUUAGCAGAGUCAAGGAUAUAAUCAGUAUCUUCAAUCAGUAUCUUCACAGAUGGAAAAUCCAAGGCUCUGAAAGGUAG